AAAAAAUUUUUUUUAAAGCGUGAAUGGCAGGCAUUCCCAGUAGUGAGAACUAUAUGAAGGAAGGCGGUCAUUUUGGGAAAAAAUGAACGGUUUAAUUUGGCUGGAAUAUGAUGGACAGUAGGAAGAAAUGAGAUGGGAAGGUAUCUUGGGUAAGAUUUUGCAGGGAUGUGGAAGUCAACUAGAGAGAGAAGAUGGGCAGAUGGAAGAUACUUUGAUAGACCGUAGGAAGUCAAUGAAAGUUUUUGAGCAGAGGUGUAAUAUGAUGAAAAACAAAUUUACUUUAUACCCAUCAGAGUCCCUCUCAUACAAAUACUGUUUUCCAUUCAUACUCAAAUUAACCCCCCACCUACCCAUCCACCCCCCUCCCAGAACUCCUGCGGCAGCUUGCCCUACCCCUUCACCAGCUCCCUGGCUGGGCAGGGGAUGCACACAUGGUCUGCUCCCCUCUCCCUGUCUUUCCCCUUCCCUGCUUGGGGCUGGGAGGCAGGCCAGGGUUAGCUGAGGCUGGCUGGCAGGCAGCCUGGUGGUGCCAGGGAAGCCUGCGCAGUGCCAGGUGGUGCCUUAAGUUCCAGGCUUACACCAUGACCCCGAUAACCUUGUGCCUACGCACACACCUGCCCUCACUCCACCCCAAUCCGGGCCAUGGUAUGGAGGAGGGGGCACAGGGCCAGGCAGAACGGAGGGACUUUGGCUCCAUCUCUACAAAAGGGAACUCUGUGAGUCAGCCUGCUCCCCUCCAGGCUUGCUCCUCCCCCACCCAGCUCCUGUUUCCAAUGCACGUACACCCCGUACACACCGUGUCUGGGACACCGUACAGUCAGCCACAUGGCUCCCCUGGGCCCCAGUCCCUGGCUCCCUCUGCAGAUCUCAGCUCCUGCUCCAGGCCCCACUGUGCAUCUGCUGCUGUUACUGCUGCUCUUGGUACCUACCCAUCCCCAGCGCCUAUCCCGGAUGCAGGGGACUCCCUCCAUGGGAGGAGAUUCAUCUGGGGAAGAUGAUCCACUGGGCGAGGAGGACCUGCCCAGUGAAGAGGAUCUGCCUGCAGAGGAGGACACGCCUGGAGUGAAGACUGAAGCAGAAGAGGACUCUCUGAAGGUAGAGGAUCUACCCACUACGGCUCCCGGGGACACUCACAGGAACAACAAAGGGGAUGACCACAGUCAUUGGCGCUAUGGAGGCGACCCGCCCUGGCCCCAGGUGUCCCCAACCUGCGCCGGCCGCUUCCAGUCCCCGGUGGACAUCCGCCCGGAGCACACGGCUUUUUGCCCCGCCCUGGGACCCCUGGAACUCCUAGGCUUUGAGCUCCCGCCUCUCCCCGAACUGCGCCUCCGAAACAAUGGCCACACCGUGCAGCUGACUCUGCCUCCCGGGCUGGAGAUGGCCCUGGGUCCCGGGCGGGAGUACCGGGCCCUGCAGUUGCAUCUGCACUGGGGGUCUGCGGGUCGCCCCGGCUCGGAGCACACGGUUGGCGGCCACCGUUUCCCUGCCGAGAUCCACGUGGUUCACCUCAGCACUGCAUUUGCCAAAGUUGAGGAGGCCUUGGGGCGCCCAGGGGGCCUGGCCGUGCUGGCCGCCUUUCUGCAGGAAGGCCCAGAAGAAAACAGCGCCUAUGAGCAGCUGCUGUCUCAUUUGGAAGAAGUCGCCGAGGAAGACUCAGAGACUUUGGUGCCAGGACUGGACGUAUCUGCACUGCUGCCCUCGGAUCUCAGCCGCUACUUCCGAUAUGAGGGGUCUCUGACCACACCCCCCUGUGCCCAAGGGGUCAUCUGGACUGUUUUCAACCAGACAGUGAGACUGAGUGCUAAGCAGCUCCACACCCUCUCUGACUCCCUGUGGGGACCUGAGGGCUCUCGGCUACAGCUGAACUUCCGAGCCACGCAGCCUCUGAAUGGGCGAACGAUCGAGGCCUCCUUCCCUACUGGAGUGGAGCGGACUGUUGAGACUGUUCAGCCAGUCCACCUGAACUCCUGCCUCGCUGCUGGUGACAUCCUGGCCCUGGUUUUUGGCAUUCUCUUUGCUGUGACCAGCCUUGCCUUUCUUGUGCAAAUGAGAAGGCAGCAAAAACAUCCAAGUGGGACCAAAGGGACCGUUAGCUACCAUCCAGCAGAGGUCACCGAGACUGUGGCCUAGAGGCCUGGAACUUGGAGAAUGUGCCGAGAAGCCAGCCAGAGGAAUCUGAGGGGAGCUGGAGACUUGGGUCUGUCCUGCCUAUUACACCACUUCCUUUUUAGUCACCAAAGAUUUUUUUAAAAUAAAUGUU